AUGGCAACUGAUAUGUUUAUAAAACAACAUAAUUUGGGUUACAACCAUGCCAUUGAUCCUGAAUACCAACAAUUACGUGCACAAGCUAUUAAAUCCAAUAGUGUCAAACAACAUCUGGCCGCAAAGUCAUUAGAAGCUAUCAAAAAAGGCGAUAAACACUCGGCUAAGAAAUUAAUUACAGAAUCCUGCAUACAGGCUGAACGUUCUGAUCGUUUUAACUUAAAGGCUGCUGAAUAUGCUUUUGACCAAAACAACGCUAAUAUAUUGAGCAAUGAAAUCGAUUUACAUGGCCUUUUUGCCAAAGAGGCGGUACAGGUGUUGAAAAAGAGGCUGGUAUUAGCCGCUGAAGCUGGAGAGAAAAAACUUAGAGUAAUAACAGGUAAAGGAAUCCAUUCGCCUGGUAUGGUUUGCAAGCUUCAAGUUGAGACACUUAUGAUAUGCCAUGACUUAAAUCUAAAUUUUGAUCUUGAUAGUAGUAAUAGCGGCGUCAUAAUCAUCAAUAUCGAUAGAAGCAACUUUAGUACAUCAAAGUUGGAUAUGAAAGAUUUCCCAUUUAACAUGACACUUUUAAAAAAAAAUAUGCAAAUGCAAGAGAGUGUCUCAAUAGUUGAAUCAUCUGAAAGUACUUCAAUACCCCAAACUACUUGUUUGAAGGCUACAACACCAUCAAAAGUGUUCUUAGAACAACGUACCACCGAGACAAUCAAUAAACCCACAAUAAAUGGUUCAGAAUCCUACUCAAAUGAUAAUAAAUUAAAUCUCGUGCGGGACUUGACUACACAUCAUAUUCCGAAAGAAACUUCUGAGUGUUUAUCUAAUACAUCAACUCAAUCAUCUGGAAAUGCAGUUUCAGAGGUAUCCUCUCAUUCAAACAAAAGUACAUCAUAUCAGGAAACCAAAGUGCCAUCAUAUGAUCGAACCCCACAAUAUGAAUUGAUGCCAUCAAGUAUUAAAGAGUCCAAUAUUGUUUUCAAUCUCUUCUUCUCUUGUAUAAGCUUUUCUAGAAAAGAAAUUGAGAUUACUACCCAAAACAAACAAUAA